AUGGCGUUUCCGACUGAGCUAUUCCUGCGAUUAAUCGGGCCUCCUGGACUUAGGAACUUCGUUUCCCCUGCACGGCGAGAUCUCUUGCCACAGGCCAAGUCUGGACACCGGAGCAAUUGGAGACUCGAGAGACAUGUCUAUGCACCUCCAGCAUCAGGUUUUGGAGACUUGGUAGUCGUUGUGGCGCGUGGUAUCCGUGCGCCUCAGACCGGCGGAGCGCCAGACAGAAAGCUAUGCGACCGCACUGGUCCUCUCUGGCAGAGCCACGACGACCACGGCACCGCCAGCACUCAAACGUCCUCAGACUGCCUUACGAUUGACGAGAACGACGCCAAAGCCUUCAAGACAUCGACCAUCAAUCGAUCGCGAGGCAGCGAGCACACCUCGGCGGCCAGUAGCGACGACACCACCACCAGACCGCCCACCAGAUCGCCCCAUCGAGCAGCAUCUGCCGGCGACCAGGAUUUCCUAUCAUCGCCAGACUUCAUCGCAAAGUUUACGAGAGAGAGACCGGGUUUCUUCGCAGCCAAGAGCCUGAGAACCACACCAUCGAGCCAUCAUCGAGCAUCGGACAGCGAGGACGAUACCAUCACGACAGAGCGCCGACCGUUACUCCUUUUGCGAGCACCCAUCAAGCAACGUCAACACGCAAAGGAGCCAGUGCAACAAGAGGAGGACUCCUUCCUGGCCAGCGCGAGAUCAAGAGGCCAAGACAGCCCAACAUCACCACCACACUCGAUCUCCGCAGAAGGGUCGAUCAGAAGGGCAAGAUAUAUCCAGCCUGCAGCAAGCACACAGCCAGCAAAGAUGGGGUGGAUCUGCUGCCGGUGCUCAACGGCCAACACCACUGCCGCCUUCACCUGCAAGCGCUGUCGACACCAAGGCGAUUGCUGCUUCGACUGUUACAGCUACAGUCGCGAGAGGAGCGCCCAGCAGGCGCAAGAGAUAGGGGGCAAACGCCACCCGAAAGAGAGCCCAGGACGCUUGGUGGAGAACAGCAGCCCAAGGCAGGAGGUGGCCGACAACACCGGCGUUAUGAAACCACGAGCUGGACAUCCUCUCCCAGACCAUCCCCAGCUCCUUCAUAUGUCGGAGAAGGCUGAUUGUUUGCUUGUUGGUGUGGACGCAGACCAUGGCAGCGAGAUAGAGAAGAGCAAGAGUAUAUCGCAAGGUUAUGGAUACUCUGUCAUGAUAGCUCGCAUGCCCACAUCCUUUCAUUUCUCCAGACUGCAGAGCCUUGGUCCGCAGAGGAUUCCGGAGAAGUGUCGAGAUGCCACAGACAACGCCAGAGCUUCCCAUUUCAUCGACUCGGCGCUCUUGGACUGCAAGGAUGUUGUCUAG